AUGUCUAACCAAUUACCUCAAUACAGCUAUUCUGAUUAUGCCAAGUUUGCUUUGGCCGGUGCCAUCGGUUGUGGUUCUACACACUCGAGUAUGGUGCCUAUUGAUGUUGUCAAGACUAGAAUUCAACUUGAACCAACUGUCUAUAACAAAGGUAUGGUUGGUUCCUUCCGUAAGAUCAUUGCUGAAGAAGGUGCUGGUGCUCUAUUGACCGGUUUUGGCCCUACUUUGUUAGGCUACUCCAUCCAAGGUGCCUUUAAAUUUGGUGGUUAUGAAGUUUUCAAAAAAUUCUUCAUUGACACUUUGGGAUACGACACCGCUGCUAGAUACAAAAACUCUGUCUACAUUGGUUCAGCUGCUGCUGCUGAAUUCUUGGCUGAUAUUGCUUUAUGUCCAUUGGAAGCCACUAGAAUCAGAUUGGUAUCUCAACCAACCUUCGCUAACGGUCUUGUUGGUGGUUUCUCUAGAAUUUUGAAAGAGGAAGGUGUUGGCUCAUUCUACAGUGGUUUCACGCCAAUUCUUUUCAAACAGAUUCCUUACAAUAUCGCUAAGUUCUUGGUCUUUGAACGUGCCUCUGAAUUAUACUUCUCCUUGGCUCCACCAAAAGACACUCUAUCUCAGACAUCUCUAACUGCCAUUAACUUGCUUUCUGGUUUGACUGCUGGUUUGGCAGCAGCAAUUGUUUCCCAACCUGCUGAUACUCUAUUGUCCAAGGUUAACAAGACCAGUAAGGCUCCAGGUCAAAGCACUGUCGGUCUAUUGUUCCAAUUAGCCAAGCAGUUGGGUUUCGUCGGCUCAUUCGCUGGUCUACCAACUCGUUUGGUUAUGGUUGGUACUUUGACUUCUCUACAAUUCGGUAUCUACGGUCAAUUAAAGAAAUCCUUGGGAUGUGCUCCAACCAUUGAAAUUGCUGGUGGUGGUCACUAA